UGUGUCCACUUUUUAAUUAAAAUCCCUAACGUUUGUGAUAAAAUAUAUAAUUUUAUAUUAUAAGAAGUGUAACCAAAAACAUUCCACCUAUUUAGUUAAUAUUUGUAGGGUAAUUAUUGUAGUGCUGUUAUCAUGGUUACUUGUAUAAAUAUACGCUAUCUCUAGGGUUUAGUAAUACUCAAGUGUUUUGUUAGAACUUAGAAUUUUUAGUUGUUCGUGGAUCGCUGAAGUGAUUAAACGUAUGGACAAUGAAGUUCGCAGAGCACCUCAGUGCGCAUAUUACGCCUGAGUGGCGAAAACAAUAUAUCAAUUAUGAGGAAAUGAAAGCAAUGCUGUACACAGCUGUGGAAGAAGCUCCAUCGGCUGAGAAUGUUGAACCAGAAGUAUUAUCCAGACAUUUUGCCAAUUUUGAUGAAACUUUCUUUCAUUACUGUGAUCAGGAGUUGAAGAAAAUAACCACAUUUUAUUCAGAAAAACUCGCAGAGGCCACACGUAAAUAUGCCACAUUACAGAGUGAAUUAAAAUCAAGGUUUGACACAAUAAAACCCAAGAGUGGGGGUGACAAGAAAUCCAUCCCUCGUCGGAAAGUCCAGGAGCUAAAGUUGGCCUUCAGUGAGUUCUAUCUUAGUCUAAUACUGCUGCAGAACUACCAGAACUUAAACUAUACAGGAUUUAGGAAGAUAUUGAAGAAACAUGAUAAGCUACUAAACGUGAGCAACGGCGCGCAAUGGAGGGCGGAACACGUGGAGACUUCUCACUUCUACACAAACAAAGACAUAGACAGACUUAUAAGCGACACAGAAGCGACGGUCACCAACGAUCUAGAAGGCGGUGACCGUCAGAAGGCUAUGAAGAAGUUGCGAGUGCCACCGCUCGGAGAACAACAGAGUCCGUGGACAACGUUCAAAGUGGGACUCUUCUCUGGAUCGUUUAUAGUCCUGUCGAUCACUGUUGUCCUUUCCGCGCUAUUCCACGAAGGAGGCACGGAGAGUUUCAAAUCCGCCUUCAGAUUAUACCGAGGGCCAUUCCUAUUAGUCGAAUUUAUAUUUCUAAUCGGCAUAAACGUAUACGGAUGGCGGUCUUCAGGGGUCAACCAUGUAUUAAUAUUCGAAUUGGACCCCAGGAAGCACUUGUCUGAACAGCAUUUAAUGGAGUUAGCCUCAAUUUUUGGGGUGGUUUGGGCUCUGAGUUUGCUAAGUUUCAUUUAUAGCGAAAGUUUGAGUAUACCGCCGUUGGUGAAUCCUCUCGCAUUGGUUGUUAUUAUGCUGGUGUUUCUGAUGAAUCCUCUGAGGGUGUUCAGGCAUGAAGCGAGGUUCUGGUUUCUGAAGAUCUGCGGUCGAAUACUAGCGGCACCUUUCAUGCCAGUGUUAUUCGCAGAUUUCUGGCUGGCGGACCAGUGGAAUUCCUUCACCUUCGCCUUCCUCGACUUUCACUUCCUCGUCGCGUUCUAUAUCGCCGGCGCGGACUGGUUCAACGUCAACAAUACGUUCGAGUCAACAAAGUGGUUCAUCUUCACUCGCGCGGCGGUCAACAUAGUGCCGGCGUGGGGGCGGUUCUGGCAGUGCCUGCGCCGGUACCGAGACAGCAGGGAGGCUUUCCCGCAUCUCGUCAACGCGGGGAAGUAUUCCACCACGUUCUUCGUUGUGUUCUUCUCCACUUUGAGGACUUUGUACAGUGCUGAUUACGAGAGCUCAUACGACAACCCGUUCCUGUACCCGUGGCUCGCGUGCCAGUUCGUGUCAUCUACCUACACGUACACGUGGGACGUGAAGAUGGACUGGGGGCUGCUGAGCGUGGGCCCCAGCGCCGAGAACAGCCUGCUGCGCGACGAGAUCGUGUACAGCCCGGGGUUCUACUACUUCGCGAUCGUAGAGGAUUUGGUGUUGCGAUUCAUUUGGGCGCCAUCUUUCUUUUUGACGGAGAACAAAAUCGUCAGCGGCGAUACCAUGGUGUCCAUACUGGCACCGCUUGAAGUAUUCAGGCGGUUCAUAUGGAACUUCUUUCGUCUGGAGAACGAGCACCUGAACAACUGCGGCAAGUUCCGCGCCGUGCGCGACAUCUCGGUGGCGCCGCUCGACUCGUCCGACCAGGCGCUCAUCAUACGCAUGAUGGACCUGCCCGACGGAGUCGUCAAUAGAGUAACCAAGAAGAAGCACGUGAAGAAGGCGAAGGAGAACGACAGGAAGCCUUUACUCAAGAAGGAGUCGAUCCAGGAGUUGCAGCGCGAGCUGGAACUGUCCUCCAAGAUGCUGUGACUGUGAUAUACUAGCGUACUGACCGCAGAGCACUGGACGAUGAACCUCAAUAGUCCACGAUUGUGGAGGUGGACUAUAUAACUAUAAAAAAACAAGUCUGCUAUAGUCCACACAACUGAAGUAAAACUUUUUUUUACAAUAUUAAAAUCGUAAAUGAUCAUAUAAUAAAAUUUGAUCAUUUAAUUAUGAAGUCGAACUUUGUAAUACAAUUUUUAAUUAAUUUGAUUUUAUUUUGUAAAAUACUUUAAAAAGCACUUAAAAAAAUAGAUGCAAUAAAAAGUAUAACUUUUAGCAAUACAUUUUACAUAAUUUAUUAUACAACAGAAAGACAUUUUUUUAAAUAUGUACUUAAAUAUAAAUAAAUAAUAAUAAUUAAACAAUAAUCAACAGAAAGACGUAAAAGUAAAAAGACAAUUUAAAUACCUUUAUUAUUUUAUGUUAGUAAAUAUAUUAUUCAACUGUCGGAAACUAUACAGAAAAUAUUUUUUCUGAGAGAUAAAUAGACAAAUGUCAACCAAUAGCAGUGCAGCCGGAAAUACCGCUAUCUCUUUCCUUGCUCCGUGGCGCAGUGGUAAGCGCGGUGGAUUUACAGAAGUCCUGGGUUCGAUCCCCGGCUGGGCCGAUUGAGGUUUUCUAAAUUGGUCCAGGCCUGGCUGGUGGGAGGCUUCGGCUGUGGCUAGUUACUACCCUACCGACAAAGACUUUAGCGUUCCGGUACGAUGUCGUGUAGAAACCGAAAGGGGUGUGGCUUUUCAACCUCGCCCGCUUAGGCCGCUUCCAUCUUAGAUUGCAUCAUCACUUACCAUCAGGUGAGAUUUUAGUCAAGGGCUAACAUGUAAAGAAUAAUAAUAAUAAAAUUGCUUUGGUACGAAAGAGAUGGGACUGAGACAUCUCCGCUAUUGGAUGAUAUUUUGUCUAUUUCUUUUCACUUGGUCGCAUAAAUAGUCUGACAAGUUGGUUGAUGACACUCCCAUGAUAUGCGGGCGACGGGGGAAAGACUGCGCGGGUAUGAAAUCGUGCGUGCAUGGGUUUUUCAUUCAACGCUACACACCCCCGCCCCGCGCGGAUCAUCGGGAGUGUUAUGAACGAAGUUGCCAAGUACAAUACCAAGACAGUGUUUCAGAGUAUAUACUUGAUGUCUACUGUAUUGUUAUUCUACCUCAGGAAGUCAGUUUGAGAUUUUAAUAGUUGACAUUACAAACGCCUUUGUGUAUGUAUACUAAUAUACUCAGAGGCACAAUUAUCCGCCCAUUUAAAUAAACUCGCAUCUAUUUAAAGUGGGCGGAUAAUUGUGCCUCUGAGUAUAAAGAGGUAAAGUUUGUGAUGUUGUAUGGGGUAAUCUCUGAAUUUACUAAACCGAUUUUAAAAAUUCUUUUACCACUAGAAAGUCACGUUUAUUGUUGUGUGUAAGACUGAAGGAGCGCUAGUUUUAGUCUUACACACACACCUGUAAAACGUCUGUCUAUACACCUUACCAUUACAACCAACCCCAAACUGACUUCCUAAAAUAGAAGGCCCAUAUCAGUAAUACCUAGUUUCAGUGGCCUGCGGUGUUAGCCAUAAGUGAUGUUAAAAAAUCUAUUAAUACAAUUAUAUUUAUAAAUAUAUUA